GAGGGGGUGGCGCGCGCGCCAUUUCUAGUCGUUUUCAAAGCGCCUCGCGCUGAUUCUCACGGGCCCGGCCGUCGGCCCCAGCUCUGCCCCGCAGCAUAAUAAAAUGGCUAAUCAGGUGAAUGGUAAUGCGGUACAGUUAAAAGAAGAGGAAGAACCAAUGGAUACUUCCAGUGUAACUCACACAGAACACUACAAGACACUGAUAGAGGCAGGCCUCCCACAGAAGGUGGCAGAAAGACUUGAUGAAAUAUUUCAGACAGGCUUGGUAGCUUAUGUCGAUCUUGAUGAAAGAGCCAUUGAUGCUCUCAGGGAAUUUAAUGAAGAAGGAGCUCUGUCUGUACUACAACAGUUCAAGGAAAGUGACUUAUCACAUGUUCAGAACAAAAGUGCAUUUUUAUGUGGAGUUAUGAAGACCUACAGGCAAAGGGAGAAACAGGGGAGCAAGGUGCAAGAGUCUACAAAGGGACCCGAUGAAGCAAAGAUCAAGGCCUUGCUUGAGAGGACUGGUUAUACCCUGGAUGUAACCACAGGACAGAGGAAGUAUGGUGGUCCUCCACCAGACAGUGUGUACUCUGGCAUGCAACCUGGAAUUGGAACAGAAGUCUUUGUAGGUAAAAUACCAAGAGAUUUAUAUGAGGAUGAGUUGGUGCCCCUUUUUGAAAAGGCUGGUCCCAUUUGGGAUCUACGUCUUAUGAUGGAUCCACUGUCUGGUCAGAACAGAGGGUAUGCAUUUAUCACCUUCUGUGGAAAGGAAGCUGCACAGGAAGCUGUUAAACUGUGUGACAGCUAUGAAAUUCGCCCUGGUAAACACCUUGGAGUGUGCAUUUCUGUGGCAAACAACAGGCUUUUUGUUGGAUCAAUUCCGAAGAAUAAGACUAAAGAAAACAUUCUGGAAGAAUUCAGUAAAGUCACAGGUUUAACAGAGGGUUUGGUGGACGUUAUUCUCUAUCAUCAACCCGAUGACAAAAAGAAGAAUCGGGGGUUCUGCUUCCUUGAGUAUGAGGAUCACAAGUCAGCAGCACAAGCCAGACGCCGGCUGAUGAGUGGAAAAGUAAAAGUAUGGGGAAAUGUAGUUACGGAUGAAUGGGCUGACCCUGUGGAAGAACCAGAUCCAGAAGUCAUGGCUAAGGUGAAAGUUUUAUUUGUGAGAAACUUGGCUACUACAGUGACAGAAGAAAUACUGGAAAAGUCGUUUUCUGAAUUCGGAAAACUUGAAAGAGUGAAGAAGUUGAAAGAUUAUGCAUUUGUUCAUUUCGAAGACAGAGGAGCAGCUGUUAAGGCCAUGGAUGAAAUGAAUGGCAAAGAAAUAGAAGGGGAAGAAAUUGAAAUAGUCUUAGCCAAGCCACCAGACAAGAAAAGGAAAGAGCGCCAAGCUGCUAGACAGGCCUCCAGAAGCACUGCGUAUGAAGAUUAUUACUAUCACCCUCCUCCUCGUAUGCCACCUCCAAUUAGAGGUCGGGGUCGUGGUGGGGGGAGAGGUGGAUAUGGCUACCCUCCAGAUUACUAUGGCUAUGAAGAUUACUAUGAUGAUUACUAUGGUUAUGAUUAUCAUGACUAUCGUGGAGGCUAUGAAGAUCCCUACUACGGCUAUGAUGAUGGCUAUGCAGUAAGAGGAAGAGGAGGAGGAAGGGGAGGGCGAGGUGCUCCACCACCACCAAGGGGGCGGGGAGCACCACCUCCAAGAGGUAGAGCUGGCUAUUCACAAAGGGGGGCACCUUUGGGACCACCAAGAGGCUCUAGGGGUGGCAGAGGGGGUCCUGCACAACAGCAGAGAGGCCGUGGUUCCCGUGGAUCUCGGGGCAACCGUGGGGGCAAUGUAGGAGGCAAGAGAAAGGCAGAUGGGUACAACCAACCUGAUUCCAAGCGCCGUCAGACCAACAACCAACAGAACUGGGGUUCCCAGCCCAUCGCUCAACAGCCGCUUCAGCAAGGUGGUGACUAUUCUGGUAACUAUGGUUACAAUAAUGACAACCAGGAAUUUUAUCAGGAUACUUAUGGGCAACAGUGGAAAUAGACAAGUGAGGGCUUGAAAAUGAUACUGGCAAGAUACGAUUGGCUCUAGAUCUACAUCCUUCAAAAAAAAAAUUGGCUUAUCUGUUUCAUCUUUAAGUAGCAAUUUGCUGCCAUUUGUAUUGGGCUGAAGAAAUCACUAUUGUGUAUAUACUCAAGUCUUUUUAUUUUUUCCUCUUUUCAUAAAUGCUCUUGGACAUUAUUGGGCUUGCAGAGUUCCCUUAUUCUGGGAGUUACAAUGCUUUUAUCCUUUCAGGCUUCAUUUUAGCUUCAAAACAAGCUGAGCACACUGUUAAAUCAUGAUUUUGCAGAACCUUUGGUUUUGGACAGCUUCAUUUUUUGGAUUUGGGAUAGAUUACCUAGCAGUAUGGAGUAUGCUGUAAAUAAAAAUACAAGCUAGUGCUUUGUCUUAGUAGUUUUAAGAAAUUAAAGCAAACAAAUUUAAGUUUUCUUGUAUUGAAAAUAACCUAUGAUUGUAUGUUUUGCAUUCCUAGAAGUAGGUCAACUGUGUUUUUAAAUUGUUAUAACUUCACAUCUUUUUGAAAUCUGCCCUACAAAAUUUGUUUGGCUUAAACGUCAAAGCCGUGACAAUUUGUUCUUUGAUGUGAUUGUAU